AUGGCCGACGAAACCCCAAGCAAGAGACGAGAGCCCACAGCCUCUGAGGCCAUGUUCUUCUUUGCCAUUGUCAAGCAUACUCGAAACAAGGCGGACAUUGACUGGGAGGCCGUCGCACAGGAGCAAAACUUCAAGAAUGCUGAAGUUGCCAAGGUUCGCUUUGGACAAGUCAAGCGCAAGCUCGGCAUCGACUCAAACGUCACUCCAAAGAAAGGCAACGCUUCCACCACCAGCGCCUCGACUCCCAGCAAGGUCCGCAAGACGCCG